GGGGAGCAUUAGUCUGAGUGAUUCAUAUAAACACUUAAAGAAGCCCAUCUUAGUUCCUAGUCAAAUAAGGUGGCUAAUGGUGCAGAGCCCCUCUCCUUGGGAGAGCACUGCCGGUGGAAACCUGCCUGUCCUUUAUCCUGACUGGGAAGCAGCAGGAUGAGGACUGGGUAACAACAGACAAAACGGGGUUUGGGUAACUCUUGCAGGCGAGGAAUUUCUGUGGAACUGCCUGGUGCUGCGAAACCAUCUUCGUCUGCGCCCUUGAUGUGGGCCAUCUGGAGAGGAAAAUCUCAUCAGCCUCUAGAAACGCAGCCAGGUUUAUCAGCACUUUCCUUUUGCAGUUGACUUUUAAGGGAGCUAAUCUUACCAGGAGGAGGUCUGAAGGAAAGGCAAGUUACAGGUGGUAAGAAAUGAGCGUGAUGAUGCCCUGGUUGCUGCUGCUCCUUCUUCUGGUCAGCUUCAGCUCAGCUGCACCCAGGUUUUCGGAAAAAGAUAUCUGCCUCCUAGACAACAAUAAAUUAAGACAAAGGUUAAAACAGCUUCAAGACUUGCUUUAUUUGUAUGAACUGCAACUGAAGGACAUCCUGGAGAACACUUACCAUAGAACAAAAAGUGGGCUGUUCUCAGGCAACAGGAGCGUGCAGCACGAGACACUAUUACCCACGACCAGUGGAAAUUUGAUAGUCUACGAUGAAGAUUGCUCCGCGGUCUACAACCGGAAGAAGACCAAAACCGGCUACUACCGGAUCAGGCCCAGAGCAGACCAAGAGCCUUUCCUGGUGUACUGUGACAUGUCUGAUGGCGGAGGGUGGACCGUUAUUCAGCGGCGGAGUAACGGCAAGGAGAAUUUCAACAGGAAAUGGGAUGAUUACAAACUGGGAUUUGGGAAAUUCCAGGGCAAGAAUGAUGAAUACUGGCUGGGCAAUGACCACAUCCAUGACCUGCUCACUAGAGGGGAGACCUCAUUAAAGAUUGACCUGAUGGACUGGCACGGGGAAAGACGUUACGCAGUCUACGAAAAUUUACAGCUUGCGGGGGAGCAGGACAAUUACAGGUUAUGGUUUGGCACCUAUUCUGGUAACGCUGGCGACGCUCUGUCUGGUGGGAGCAGUUUUGAAGAUCAGUGGUCAGCCUCUCACAGAGGGAUGGAGUUCACCACAUCUGACAAGGACCAUGAUCGAUUCCUGGCAGGCAACUGCGCUUUAGAGAACAAGGGUGGCUGGUGGUUUAACAGGUGCCACGCCGUAAACCUCAAUGGGCGGUACUACAGGACAGGGAGGUACAACGGAUCCCACGACAACGGCAUCGUUUGGUCUACGUGGCACGGGAUGUGGUACUCCCUGAAAUACUCAGCCAUGAAGAUCAGGGCUCCCUUCUUUGUUGAAAGCGAGAGCGGGGACGGUGAGAACAGUCAGGGCGGCUGAGACCUGCUGCUUUGGGAAGAAAAAACCCGUCCAGGCUGACGGGAACUGUGUGAGUGAAUAGCCAGCCCUCUGCUGCUGCCAAACCCGCGCUGUGAUAGCUGGAGCUGCACCUGUUUCUACUGGCUGAAGCUGAUGUCGUAAGUUGUUUGAGCAUGGCCAGCCAACAAUUUAACGGAAAACAUAUGGAUCUCAGUCAUGGAAUGACUAGUUUGCUUUUUCAGCAGUUUUCAGGACUUCAUUGGAGACUGUUUAUGUAAAGCUCUCUGGACCUUGAAUGAUCAAGCAUGUUCUUUUAGAUAUCUGUACUCUUCAAGGGCUAUAUCUUUCUCAUAGAAUCAUAGAAUCAUAGCAUGGUUUGGGUUGGAAGGGACCUCAAAGAUCAUGGAGUUCCAACUCCCCUGCCAUGGGCAGGGACACCUCCCACUACAGCAGGU